AUGCUCACUGGAGCGCGCCGGUCUCUUCGUUCUGGGUCCUACGCCUUCGCUAUCGAUUUGAGUGUCAGUUCUUACGACGAUGGUGUCCGUGUCAUCUAUGGAGGCGGAUUUGACAAACCUGGCUACUUCGAUUUCUACAAAUACUUUGGCGAACCCAACGCAUUUUGUAGCCUUCUCAAAAGGGACCACGCCGUUUAUCGCCGACGCGUGUCCAGCGUCUACUCAAAAAGUGCACUUUACAACUCAGAGCAUUUGAUGGACAUCACUAAGAAGUUACUGGGCGCGACUUUCCUUCCUAUGAUCCAGGGUUAUGCCGACUCAUCCUCCUCUGUAGAUAUGCUGACGAUGACAUAUGCCCUCUGUCUGGAUUGGGUUGAUUCGUUCAUCUUUGGCUAUUCAAGCAUCAACAAACUACUUCGACCAGAUGGCAAUGACGUCAACAUCUUCCUCAAGUACUACGAGGAACGAUAUUCCAAAGAGGCCUUUUGGCUGCAGGAGCUCCCAGCAUUGUCGAAGCUGGUCACCAAGCUGGGCUUCUCCAUCAUUCCGAAAGAAGGAAAAGAGGCUACUCGAUGGCUCGAGGAUUGGCUGCAGCAGAUGUGCGACAGAGCAGAUGCGGCCAUGGAAAAGGGUGAUCUCCUCGAUGCUGCCAACGUACCCAUUGUAUACCAGCAGGUGAAGCAAGCAGUGAACAGAGACUGCUCCGAUGACAGCGAGACCACAAGGAAGCGCAAGAUUGCCAGUGAGCUUUUCGAUCACAUGUCAAGCGCCCGUGAAGUCUUAGGACUGGUCUUGGGAUACGCAAUCUUCUACCUCUCGGGCAAGCCAGAAGUGCAGUCGAAGUUACGGGAGGAGCUCCUCGGCUUGAGCUCGCCGAUCACUGCGGGUACUAGCGAGUCUCAGCUACCAACACCGUCUUCCCUCGAUGAUCUACCGUACCUUGAUGCUGUUAUAAAGGAAUCGCUCCGAAUGCGCCCAACAAGCACUCCGUUGCCGCGCGUAACGCCCACAGACAAAGCAGUCACGCUUGGUGGAUUCGAGAACAUCCCGCCGGGAACGCGGGUCAAUACCUUCCAAUGGUUCGUGCACCGUGAUCCCAGGGCGUGGUCGAAUGUGGACGAGUGGAUCCCUGAGAGAUGGCUUUCCGGCAACGAUGGAUCAGAUUCCGGAGUCCUGUGGCCCUUCGUUACGGGUUCAAGGAUGUGCUUAGGAUCACAUCUUGCUGGAUACAGUAUACGUCUAGGCAUGAAGAGCCCGGAUCGUUAG